UUAAUCUUUUUUAUUUUCUCGAAAUUCAAAGUUGUUUAAAUACAUGAUAGUUCAUAAUCAUACUCCCGUAAGGCAAUCUUUUGUUGGACUUGAGCUUCAAAGAUUUUUUUAAUUUACUUUUUUAGAUUACUAAAGUCUUGAAUAUAGUUUCCUGACACAAAGGCAAAGAUUCCUAUUUAUUUAAUAAAAAAGUAUUUAUUAAAUUGGCUUGCAUUUUGAUAAAAGCCAAUCAAGACUUCCAACCAACUAGAUACUAUCAAUUUUGGCGAGUGUCAAGAGAUCAUAAUCCUCCUCUAACUCUUCUUCUCUGUUUAUCAAUUAGUGCAUCUCUUCUGGUUCUGCCAGGUAAUUCCUUUUCUUUUUGUGCCUUUGGUUUUUCCUUCUUCCUGUCCGGUGCAGUUGUUUUCUAGACAUUCUUGGCAAAGGAAGGGUCUCUAAAUGGCACCUGAGGUUGCCAGAGAUAAAGCUUCAUUUAUGCUCCAAGCCAAAUCUCUGGGCUUUCCAGUGUCAAACACCUCAAAAAGAAGUUUCUUUAUGGCUCAAAUCAUGCUCAGGGUUUUUGCUGCUGUUUUCACUUUGGCUGCAAUCUGUGUUAUGGCCACGAGCUCCCAAUCCAUCAUCCUACUUGGCUUCACUAUUAAAGCUCGCUAUAGCUACUCAUCUGCUAUGAGGUUUUUACUUGUGUCAGACGCUACUAUAUGCACCUUCUCUGUAAUUUCAGUGAUCUUUGUUUACUGUUUGAGCCGUUCAGCAUCAAAUUUUAAGAACUUUUAUCUGUUUUUGCAUGACAUGGUGAUUAUGGUGUUGGCGAUAUCUGGAUGCGCGGCGGCAACGGCAGUGGGUUAUAUCAGUAGAUAUGGAGAAGGAAAAAUGGGUUGGAUGGCUAUUUGUAAUCGUGUGGGGAAGUUUUGCAAUCAAAUGAUGAUAUCCAUGGUGUUGUCUUACUUGGCUUUCUUUUCCUACUUUGCUCUUGCCGUUAUGUCCGGCAAAAAAGCCGUGUAUCAAGCCAAUGAAUGAGCGCCAACUACCAAGACAGUGGAACGCAAUUGGGUCCUUGAAGAUAAUGGAAUGCAGCAGGAGUUUGUUAAACUGCUGUAAUCCCUGACUUAGACUGCUUUAGGCUGCUUGUUAUCCUAAGUAAUCCUGGAAGUUUUUUCUCAAUCUUGGCUUUAAUAUUAUAGCUGUAAAAUUUUAGGAAGAGAUCAAAAGCCUGCAUAUUUAACUACUCAGUUCAAUGAUUCCUGUUACUGUAAGCCAACAUUAUCCAAUUUCCUCAUAAAAGUGCCUGAGUAGCAUUCAAUUGUUUGUUUGGAACGAAUUUUAAAGAACAAAAACAUGCUAAUUCUGUUGAUCUUUACCGCCUGGUUUAUUGGGUUCACCAUCAAGUCUUAAGUAACAUCAAUGGGGCCGCCACAAAACCAAUGCCAAUGAUCAAUAUGAAAGUAAAACUUUAACAAUCAUUGCUUGUGACUAUCUGUCUUACGAUAUCAGAUAAGCUUUGUGUAAGAAUGUUAACUAGUUUCCCAGGCUAGA